AUGUACACUAAAGAACAUUUUAUUAAAAAUUUUGGAACUUGGACUAGCGGGAAUGCUAACAUUGAUAAGGUUAUCCAAGAAUUUCAGAUAAAUAAUCCUGAAUUUAAUCUACAAUGGAUAGCUUAUGAUAAUUUUCAUGAUAUCAAAUACAUAGGUAAUAGUGAACAUUACACUUUGCAUUCGGCUACGUUAAGAAAUUAUAUGGAUUGGGAAUAUUGUAUUGUUACUUUAAAGGAAUUAAAAGAUUAUAAUAUUUUGGAAUUUCUUAAUUCGAUUAAGAAAGUGGGGGUUGAUGUUUUUAAUUCUUAUUGCUUCACUAGAUGUUUUGGAAUUUCAAAAAACCCUUCUACGAAUAGCUACAAUAUUGUUAUGGAAUCUCGUGAUGAUACCAUUCAUAAUUUAUCUGAUUUCUUUCUAAAACUUGGGUGGGAUCAAAAAAUAUUUUUACUACGUAAAAUAAUAAGAGGUCUUAAUAUCUUACAUGAAAAUGACUUUAUUCAUUGUGAUUUACAUAGUAAAAAUAUUUUGAUGACUUAUUGUGAUCUAGAUGAUUUAGAUUCAUCAUAUGUAUUAAUAGACCCUGAAUUUUUAGAUGCUGAUGAUAAUAGAGAAAUAAUGAAUAAAUCUCGUGAACAAAAAUUACUUCGAUCUUUACAUAUCUUUCAUCCUCAAUCCUGUUAUAUUGGUAGACGUAUUUAUACUUUUUAUGAAUUACGAGAUUCAUUAGAAGAUAUAAAAUCUGGAAAAUGUGCAGAUCCUAAUUUAUAUACUUAUAAUAUGGAUUCUGAGGAAUCGUCAAUGUGUAUUGACUUGGAAACAUAA